AUGAUUCCACCUGGGGACUGCUUAUAUGCUGGGAGGAAGAGAAGGAAGCCCAUCCAAAAACAAAAACAGACAGCGGCCAGCCAGAAGACCAACCCGUCUAAGAGGCACCGUGACCGUCUGAAUGCAGAGCUGGAGCGGUUGGCCAGUCUCCUACCCUUCACCCCAGACAUCAUCUCCAAACUGGACAAGCUCUCAGUGCUGCGCCUCAGCGUCAGCUACCUCCGGGUCAAAAGCUUCUUUCAAGCCAUCCAGGAGAAGCCAUGCAGAAAGCACAUCAUGGAGUCGCCUGUGAACCACCAGGAUACCAGGAAAGAGAGCCUGUCCAUGGGGACCCCGGGGACCAGCAGCAGCGUGGUGGAGAGUGACCUCUUACUGGAGUCCCUGACUGGGUUUGCCUUGGUUGUGAGCACAGAAGGGUUGAUCUUCUACACCUCCACCUCCAUUGUUGACUACUUGGGCUUUCAUCAGACGGAUGUGAUGCACCAAAAUGUUUUUGAUUAUAUCCAUGUGGAAGAGCGGCAGGAGUUCAGAAGACAACUCCACUGGGCCAUGAACCCCGGGACCCAGGGGGCCUCCCUGGACCAGCACUCAGCCACAGGAAUUGGUGAUGACUUUGUGAUGAGCAGUCUCUUCCAUGCCCAGGAGCCUGACGGUGUUCCUCUAGAGUGCACCUCCUUCCUCACGCGCUGUUUCAUUUCCCGAGUCCGUUGCUUGCUGGACAGCACCUCAGGCUUCCUGAGCAUGCAGUUCCAGGGCAGCCUGAAGUUCCUGCAGGGCCAGAAGCAAAAGACAGACUCCGGGGCACUGCUGCCCCCCCAGCUGGCGCUGUUCUGUGUGGCCGUGCCCCUCAUGAUUCCCUCCAUCACAGAGCCGAAGAUGAAGAACACGACGAUCAGGAACAAGAACAAGUGCCCCGUCAUCCCCACACCAGAUAAUCACAGUGACAAGAGGCAUCGAAACACCAGAGGUUCAUGUGACAGCAGUGACUUACUGCUUCUGAAUUGGUCCAGCAGCUCUACCAGAGACCCCUGCCACUAUACCCCAUGGACACCCCUCUCCAAAGACGGCAUCAGGUAUAGGAACAAUGGUUACUGCACCCAGGAGGAGCCCAUCAACUUCUGCCUGUCUUCCAUGGGUGGUGGGCCCAAAGCUCAGAGCGUGAAUCAUCCAUGGGACAUCCGCACCGGGUCCACCAUAAGAAAGGGCCCCAGCAGCAGCUACAUACCAUGCAGACAAGGCAAGUACAACAACCUGGGGAAGUCUGGAGCUUACAGGAUGUAUCCAGGAUACCACGCUAAAAGACAGGAUGCCUCUCAGAACAAACUGUACGGAGGCCUCCACAGCCCAGAGGCGGAGAGCUUCUGUGAGGAUGGCAUGGAGGCAGACAACAACUACAUGAGCGGCCAUCUUGACUGUUACAAUGGCAUGGUGUUGCCUGAGACAGCCAUAAAGACAGAGCAGGACUCUGACUCUGAGAACGGUUGCAACAUCUACAGCAUGCCCCACAACCUAGCCUGGGUGGGGAAUGAGAAGCGCUACAGCAUGGCCUACUCAGAAGAACCACAGGUGAAGUCGGAGGCUGACUACUAUGACCAAUACACCACCUGCCAAAGGAACAAGUCCAACAUGAGCCCAACGCUCAACGGAUACCACAAAUACUUAUACCCAGUGGGGAGCAGGGCUCAGAGGGAUCCUAGGAUACCUCACUCAGACCAUCUGUGUAGCAGUCAGGGAGCAAACUGUAUGGUCAGCAAUGUGUAUGGGAAUGGUACUGUGGAGCAUAAAGGCUACAUGCAGCAAGACAACAAACUGAACUACGAGUUCAGGAAUCAUCUGAUCCACUCUAUAAAGAGGGAACCCAUGGACUCACCUCCUUGGUCUGACAAUGGACAUGACAUUAGCCAAAUACCCCUGCAGAGAAAUAUGAUUCACAACUGUGCAUUGAAUGAUAUUGUACACAAACCAAACCCAUAUAUCUACAUGCAAUGA